UGCGGGCAAGCAGCGCCAUGGGGACCGCCUCGUCGCUCGUGAGCCCCGCAGGCGGGGAGGUGAUCGAGGACACGUACGGGGCGGGCGGCGGCGAGGCCUGCGAGAUCCCGGUGGAGGUGAAGCCCAAGGCCCGCCUGCUGCGCAGCUCUUUCCGCCGGGGCGCGGGGGCGACGGCGGCGGCGGCGGCGGGGGCCGGGCCGGGUUCGCUGCCCCGCGGGGCGGGCGGCGGCGGGCUGCUAGGGGCCAGCUUCAAGUCCACUGGCUCGUCGGUGCCGGAGCUGGAGUACGCGGCGGCCGAGUACGAGCGGCUGAAGAAGGAGUACGAGAUCUUCCGGGUCAGCAAGAACCAGGAGUUGUUAUCCAUGGGCCGCCGCGAGGCCAAGCUGGACACGGAGAACAAGCGGCUGCGAGCAGAGCUGCAGAAUGGCGAUACGCAGUUCUUGAUAACUGGUGAAAAAGCACUUCAAAAAACUUAUCAGAAGAUACUUCGGGAAAAGGAGAGUGCUUUAGAAGCAAAGUAUCAAGCAAUGGAGAGAGCAGCUACCUUCGAACAUGACAGAGAUAAAGUUAAGAGGCAAUUUAAGAUUUUUAGGGAGACCAAAGAAAAUGAAAUUCAGGAUUUAUUGAGGGCCAAGCGAGAGUUGGAGAGCAAACUUCAGAGGCUACAGGCUCAGGGGAUUCAUGUAUUUGAUCCUGGAGAGUCUGAUUCAGAUGACAACUGUACAGAUGUUACUGCUACUGGAACCCAGUGCGAAUACUGGACUGGUGGAGCCUUGGGAAGUGAGCCUUCCAUAGGGAGUAUGAUUCAGCUUCAGCAGUCCUUCCGGGGCCCUGAGUUCGCCCAUAGUUCAAUAGAUGUAGAAGGACCCUUUGCUAACGUCAACAGAGAUGACUGGGAUAUUGCUGUAGCUAGUUUAUUACAAGUUACCCCCUUGUUUUCACAUUCUCUCUGGAGUAACACUGUCAGAUGUUACCUCAUUUAUACUGAUGAAACCCAGCCCGAAAUGGAUCUUUUCCUUAAGGACUAUUCACCUAAACUUAAGAGAAUGUGUGAGACAAUGGGGUAUUUUUUCCAUGCUGUGUAUUUUCCAAUAGAUGUUGAAAAUCAAUACCUCACUGUAAGAAAAUGGGAAAUUGAGAAGAGUUCAUUAGUUAUCUUAUUCAUUCAUUUAACCUUACCAAGCCUUUUAUUGGAAGACUGUGAAGAAGCUUUUCUGAAAAACCCGGAAGGCAAACCACGAUUAAUUUAUCAUCGUUUGGAGGAUGGGAAAGUCAGUUCUGACUCUGUCCAGCAACUGAUUGAUCAAGUUUCUAACCUGAACAAGACCAGCAAAGCCAAGAUCAUUGAUCACUCAGCAGAUCCUGCAGAAGGAGUCUAUAAAAUCUAUAUUUAUGUCGAAAAGAUUAUUAAACAGGACAUUCUGGGCUUUGAAAAUACAGACCUGGAAACUAAGGAUUUGGGCAGUGAAGAUUCUAUUCCAGAAGAAGAUGAUUUUGGUGAUGUUCUGUGGGACAUACAUGAUGAACAAGAGCAAAUGGAAGCUUUUCAGCAGGCUUCAAAUUCAGCCCAUGAGUUGGGAUUCGAGAAAUAUUACCAACGCCUUAAUGAUCUGGUGGCAGCACCAGCACCAAUUCCACCCCUUCUUGUAUCUGGAGGACCAGGCUCUGGAAAGUCCCUUCUUUUAUCAAAGUGGAUCCAAUUACAACAGAAGAAUUCCCCUAACACACUAAUCCUUUCUCAUUUUGUGGGGAGGCCCAUGUCAACCAGCUCAGAGUCUUCCUUGAUUAUUAAACGACUCACUCUAAAGUUGAUGCAGCAUUCUUGGUCAGCGUCUGCUCUGACAUUGGAUCCUGCUAAGCUUCUGGAAGAAUUUCCACGUUGGCUGGAAAAACUCUCUGCCCGUCACCAAGGCAGCAUCAUCAUCAUUAUUGAUUCUAUAGAUCAAAUUCAGCAAGUUGAGAAACACAUGAAAUGGCUGAUAGAUCCACUGCCAGUGAAUGUGAGAGUAAUUGUUUCUGUGAAUGUAGAAACAUGUCCUGCAGCAUGGAGGUUGUGGCCCACACUUCAUCUUGACCCUUUAAAUCCAAAAGAUGCAAAAUCUAUUAUAAUUGCAGAAUGCCACUCUGUAGACAUUAAAUUGAGUAAGGAGCAGGAGAAGAAGCUAGAACGACACUGUCGUUCUGCUACAACCUGCAAUGCCCUUUAUGUCACUCUUUUCGGCAAAAUGAUUGCAUGUGCUGGGAGAGCAGGCAAUUUAGAUAAAAUCCUUCUUCAGUGUUUCCAGUGUCAAGAUACUGUUUCAUUAUAUAGACUUGUUCUUCGAUCUAUCCAGGAGUCCAUGACAAAUGAUAUGGAUAAAGAACUAAUGAAACAGAUUCUCUGCCUUGUGAAUGUUAGUCACAAUGGUGUGAGUGAAUCAGAACUGAUGGAACUCUAUCCUGAGAUGUCCUGGGCUGUCCUGACCUCCCUCAUUCACAGUUUACACAAGAUGUGUUUGUUGACUUAUGGUUGUGGUUUGCUCAAGUUUCAACAUCUACAGGCUUGGGAAACAGUGAGACUAGAGUACAUGGAAGGUCCCGCCAUUAUUUCUUCAUAUAGGCAAAAACUAAGCAACUAUUUCACCAUGCAGCUAAGUCAGGAACGAGUGACUUGGAGGAGUGCAGAUGAACUGCCUUGGCUUUUCCAGCAGCAGGGAAGUAAACAGAAGCUGCACGAUUGCCUUCUUAACCUCUUUGUGUCUCAGAAUCUCUAUAAAAGAGGACACUUUGCAGAGUUGCUGAGUUAUUGGCAGUUUGUUGGCAAAGACAAAAGCGCGAUGGCGACAGAAUACUUUGAUUCAUUGAAGCAGUAUGAGAAAAACUGUGAAAGCGAGGACAGCAUGAUUUGUUUAGCUGACCUUUAUGAAACCCUGGGGCGAUUUCUCAAGGAUCUAGGCCUUCUCAGUCAGGCUGUGGUGCCUUUGCAGAGGUCUCUAGAAAUUCGAGAAACAGCUUUAGAUCCAGAUCACCCCCAAGUAGCUCAGUCCCUCCACCAACUAGCGAGUGUGUACGUGCAGUGGAAGAAGUUUGGCAAUGCAGAACAACUGUAUAAACAAGCGCUGGAAAUCUCAGAAAAUGCCUAUGGUGCGGACCAUCCACAUAUUGCUCGUGAACUUGAAGCACUUGCAACUUUGUACCAGAAACAAAAUAAAUACGAACAAGCUGAACAUUUUAGGAAAAAAUCUUUUAAAAUUCGUCAGAAAGCUACCAGGAGAAAAGGCAGCUUGUAUGGAUUUGCCCUUUUACGUAGACGGGCCCUACAGUUAGAAGAGCUCACGUUAGGUAAGGAUACACCUGACAAUGCUCGGACCCUCAAUGAACUGGGUGUGCUCUACUAUCUUCAGAACAACCUGGAAACUGCUGACCAGUUUCUGAAACGUUCCUUGGAGAUGAGGGAGCGAGUUCUAGGACCAGAUGACCCUGACUGUGCCCAGUCUUUGAAUAAUCUGGCAGCUCUAUGCAAUGAAAAAAAACAGUAUGAUAAAGCAGAAGAACUUUAUGAAAGAGCUUUGGAUAUUCGGAGACGAGCAUUAGCUCCUGAUCACCCUUCUUUGGCUUAUACGGUGAAGCAUCUUGCAAUCUUGUACAAGAAAAUGGGGAAACUUGACAAAGCUGUACCUUUGUAUGAGCUGGCUGUUGAAAUCCGGCAGAAAUCCUUUGGCCCAAAGCACCCUAGUGUAGCUACUGCCUUGGUGAACUUAGCUGUUCUUUAUUGCCAAAUGAAAAAACACAUUGAGGCCUUGCCGUUAUAUGAAAGAGCAUUAAAGAUUUACGAGGACAGCCUGGGUCGUAUGCAUCCUCGAGUUGGAGAAACGUUAAAAAAUUUAGCUGUGCUUAGCUAUGAAGAAGGGGAUUUUGAAAAAGCUGCUGAACUAUACAAAAGGGCAAUGGAAAUAAAAGAAGCAGAAACAUCACUUUUGGGUGGAAAAGCUCCUUCCCGACACUCAUCAAGUGGAGAUACAGUUAGCUUAAAAACAACCCAUUCUCCUAAUGUUUUCCUCCAUCAAGGACAAAGUUGCUUAAAAGAAUUAACUUUCCUAUUGUGUGGGAACCAAGGAUGUAGACACAUUAGAAUCCUAAGAUGACAUGAAGAGUUGAUCAUGGAGAGUGGACUGGUCUCUGUUGUACAAGAGCUGGCAAAGCAGCUAAGACAAGGAAUUCAAGAAUUCCAUGAUUCUUCUCAUCUCUCAAAAGCUACUUUAGCCUCACCAUUCCUCAUCCUGCUUUUCAGCAGCAAUCUGGUGCAGUUCUCUACCUCAAAGAAAAGUUUGCAGGAAUAAAGGGAUAAUGUUUAUGGAAAGUAUGAAUAGUGUUCUGUAAAACAAACUAGUAAUCGUAGUCUCUGACUGCUACAAUUUUUUAUUCUACCUUUUCAUUGAACAGAUUGGGCCAAACCCUUUGCUUUCCGUGCUCUCUACAUUGUAUGUUGUUUUUACUGUGUAGAAUGUACUUACACAAUCUGAAGUCAUUAAUGCUGUAACAAAUCAAGCUCUUUGGCAUUCUUUGACUUUUCCCAAAAUAUGGACAUGACCUUCUUUCUUAAAUGGCCUAAAUCUAUAUCUUCAUUUAUCCUGAACUCAAAUUAGUUGGCAAUUUUAUACUGAAAAUUAAGUAUUUUCAUAGAUUUUAUAAAUAUUGCCAAUUUGGGGUAAUGUUUUAUACCAUUCAUGUAUUUAUAUAUAAUAAAAUCUUCACUUUUAAUGCUUGUAAGGUUCCAACAUGUUAUUAAUUGUAAAGGUGAAAGAUGUAAUGACCAUAUUUCACUGUUUUAAAAUAAAAGUGGAAUUUCAAGUUCUUUUUUUCCCAUUCCAGUUUAUAUUGGGUUGGUCACAAGUUUCGUUUGGUUUUUUCCGUAAGAUGCCUCUAGUAGCACUUAAUUGUCUUUAACUUCAUUUGAAACAAUUUUGUUAGAUUGUAUGUGACAGCUGUCAUAUCAGGAUGCAUUUAAAAAAAGACUCAUCGAAAUUGGUGAAUUUUUUGUAUAGCCAUUUUAAUAUUAAAGAUGGAAGAAAAAAAGCAAUAUUUUCAGCAUAUUAUGCUUUAUUAUUUCAAGAAAGGUAAAAAUGCAAACGAAACUCAAAAAAAGAUUUGUGCAGUGUAUGGAGAAGGUGCUGUGAUUGAUUGAACGUGUCAAAAGUGGUUUGUGAAGUUUCGUGCUGGAGAUUUCUCCUUGGAUGAUGUUCCAUGGUUGGGCAGACCAGUUGAAGUUGACAGCAGUCAAACUAAGACAUUGAGAACAAUCAAUGUUAUACCACACAGGAGACAGCCGACACACUCAAAAUAUCCAAAUCAAGUGUUGAAAACCAUUUGCACCAGUUUGGUCAUGUUAAUUGCUUUGAUGUUUGGGUUCCACAUAAGUUAAGCGAAAAACACCUUCUUGACUGUAUUUCUGCAUGCAGUUCUCUACUUAAACGUAAUGAAAAUAUUCCAUUUUUAAAACAAAUAGUGACAGGCAAUGAAAAGUGGAUACUGUACAAUAAUGUGAAAUGGAAGAGAUCGUGGGGCAAGCGAAGUGAACCACCACCAACCACACCAAAGGCCGGUCUUCAUCCAAAAAAGGUGAUGUUGUGUAUAUGGUGGGAUUGGAAGGGAGUCCUCUAUGAUGAGCUCCUUCCGGAAAACCAGAUGAUUAAUUCCAACAAGUAGUGCUCCCAAUUAGACCAACUGAAAGCGCUCGACAAAAAGCAUACAGAAUUAGUCAACAGAAGACACAUAAUCUUCCAUCAGGAUAACGCAAGACCGUGUGUUUCUUUGAUGACCAGGCAAAAACUGUUAUAGUUUGGCUAGAAAGUUCUGAUUCAUCUGCUGUAUUCACCAGACGUUGCACCUUCGCAUAUCCAUUUCUUUCUUUACAAAAUUCUCUUAAUGGAAAAAAUUUCAAUUCCCUGGAAGACUGUAAAAGGCACCUGGAACAGUUCUUUGCUCAAGAAGAUAAAAAGUUUGGGGAAGAUGGAAUAAUGAAGUUGCCUGAAAAAUGGCAGAAGGUAGUGGACGAAAAGGGUGAUGACAUUGUUCAAUAAAG